UUCCUGUGUUGACAUCACCCUGCGUCCUCGGGUCACCGCACCACUUCUUGUCGAGUCAUAACACCGGGACUGUGUCCUCUUCCUCCUCCUCCUCCUCUCCGGCUCCUCUCCGUUCACAUCCCGGGAAGGACUGAGGGAUGUCGGGCACAGCACAGGACGAACCUGGAGCCCCGACUGAAGCUCAGGGGUCUCAAAUGAUCCACGUUUCUGUGAAGAGUCUGACGAAGAGCAAAGAGUUCUCCGUCAGAGGAAACUGCACCGUCACACAGCUGAAAUGUGGACUAGCAGGGCGCCUGGAGGUCCCGGCACAGCGGCUGGUGCUGAUUCACUCCGGCCGUGUCCUCAGAGACUCAGAAAUCCUGAGUCACCUGAAAGCAGCAGACGGCUCAGUCAGCCUCUGCAUGGUGCAAAGGCCUCCUGCUGCUCCCACGACUGAUCCAGCUUCAGAAGUGGUUCAGUCAGACCUUACAGAUGACCCUGAUCCUGACCCUGAUAACUUCACACCUUCUCCAAAGUCUCCCCUCUGCCUGGGCAUGCAGUCACUGAUGGAGGAGAUCACAGCCAGUCCAGGUCUGAUGGAGAGCCUGCUGUCCGGGCCGUAUGUCAGCAGCCUCCUGAACUGCCUCAGCCAAAACCCGGAGCUGGCUGCACAGAUGCUGCUGAGCCAUCCUUUGUUCUCAGGGAAUCCUCUGCUGCAGCAGCAGAUCAGACAGCAGAUCCCGCUCUACCUGCAGCAGGUGACUCCACACUCUCAUAUCAUGAAACAGAUGCAGAGUCCAGAGCUACUGUCAGCCAUGUUGAAUCCCAGAGCCAUGGAGGCUCUGCUUCAGAUCCAGCAGGCUCUUCAGACUCUGGCUGCAGAGGCUCCUGCACUGAUGCCCAUGUCUGGACCGGGAGACACUGGAACCUGCUUUGUCGAUGCUGCUCCAGCAUCCGACUGUGUCCGUAACGACCAAUCAGGAAGUGGCCCUGGGGUUGCCACGGUGACAGAGCAGCAGCAGCAGUUUGUGCAACAGAUGCUGCAGGCACUCGCUAACUCAAAUGGGGUCCUUGCUGAGGAGAUCCAGGAGGAGAUGAGCGGCUGAGUCCUGAGCUUCAGAGACCGACAGGCAGACUGUCACACACACACACACACACACACACACACACACACACACUCUCAAACAUGAUAAUCGUAGUAAACACUUUGUCAUUAUCGGUGACUAUGUCGUUUCUGAGAAAAAACACAAAGAUAAAGAUCGUUGUGCUGCAAGAUAAGAGGAAAAUAAACGUUCUUUACCAGAUUGGAGAUCAACACACGAUUGUAGAAUAAAUAUCGCCAAGUAGACGAGGAUCAUCAACAACCAAAACAAUGGGGCUUCUCCUAGAUACUCUUUGUAACCGUUUAAAAUGUAGUCCUGUAGUUUUUUUCACUUUAUUUAUUUAUUUUCCUCCUCUGUUUUGUUUUAUAUGUGAUUGUAGGACUGACUGAUUACUUCUGAUUCCUACCCAGAUUGGAUUUUGUGAAUUAUCUGUCGUGGUAGAUACACCUUAAGAUAAGAUCUUCUUCAUUGUCUCCAAAGGGGAAAUGUGUCUUUGACUCUGUCCUGCAGUUUUCUUCAUCUUGUUCUCAGUCGUUUCUUUUUUGUAGUUUAGUGUAGUUUUGUUUAAAACAAGAGAAAAAAACAAUGUAAAAGAAACGUACUAAGUCUGAUGAUUGCAUGUUUUACCAUCUUACUAAAGAUAUAAGACACAAGCCAUGUUUAGAUCGCUGCACUAACAAAGUCUAACUUUAAUUCCUUUUUAAACUUAUUAUGUCUGUCACCUCCUUCUUCACAUCAGACCACAUGUGUACCUGCUGGUGUUCACUUGUUCUUCAUGCAGUGAGACAGAUCUGUGCAGGAACUUAACCCCCCCCCCACACACACACACACACACUCACACACUCUGCACUUGUAGCUUUAGUGCAUAAAUGUCCAGAGGUCAUAUAUUAAUCAUCUCCAUGCAGCACUCAGGCCUCUUCUCGUCUUACCACCUGGAUAACAACGAGAGCCUGAAACACCAACUCUGGUCUCAGAUUGAAAAUGGAAGAGAAGAAUCUUUUUGUUCUGCUCGUUCCCUCGCUGCUUGAAUGAAUGUUUUGUCCACCACAGACUGUAAAGAUAAUAAAAAUAAAAAACACCCCAGAUAAUUAAAAGGUUUGGCUCCUAACGUUGCAUUUAAAAGAAGAGAGAGGAUGAAUGUUUAACUCAAAGUCACACAUGCACAGAAACUCAGAUCUUCUCAACUCUCUCUCCCAGGAGAGCGUUUCUCUCAGGCAUGAAUGAAUACAGAAUACAGAUGUAAAACAAUGACGAUGAAGAUGAACUUUUCACAGUUGAAGAUGUUCCAAUAAACCUUCGAUGCCUACCUCUUA